AUGGAAGGACACUGCACAUAUAAUUACAGUGGAGACGAAACACAAGCACAAACAUAUGACUAUAGUAGCCAAGAAGAUGAUGAUCAAGAAACUGAGAGUCGAAAUGAACCAGCUAUUAUCAGCUCAAUUAUAGUGGACGUGGAUUCAGAAACCAUAGAUGAUGUGGUUCGGGUGACAUCAACCCCCAAAAAGAAGUCCGGGAGAAGAAAACGAGUGGAAACAAAGCCAACGAAGAAGAAAACAUCCACAUCAGCUAAAAAAAUAUCAAGCAAAAAACCCCCUAAGACUACAAAAAUAGAUUAUCUUGACCAUGGUGAUCCUACAUAUACGUGUAAGUUUUGUGGGGCACUAAUGUGGUAUGAUGAGCGCAUAAACAAGAGGAGGAAUCAAAAGAACCCAAUUUUCACUCUUUGUUGUGGACAAGGGAGUGUUAAAAUUCCCUUCCUUGCAGAAUCACCAGACCUUAUCAAGAAGUUGCUCUCAUGUGAUGAUCCACUGAGCAAAAACUAUGAGAAACACCAACAUAUAUAUAAUAUGGUGUUUGCAAUGACUUCACUUGGUGGGAAAGUUGACAGAUCAAUACCUAAAGGAAGUUUGAAACCAGAAAAUGGUGAUUAUGUAAAGUAUUCACAGCUAUACAUUGCCGAUACUGAAAAUGAAGUUGAUAACAGAGCGACUGUGAUUAGCAAAGGAAAAGGCAACCCUCCAGAUGGUGGGAAAAAUAACUUGAAGAAGGAAAUAAUUGAAUCCAUCAUCCAAAUGCUCAACACAGUCAAUCCUUAUGUCCAAAACUUCCGUUCAGCGAAAGAUAGGUUUGAUUUUAGUACUGAUGAACCGUUUCACAUGAGAAUUGUUUCUGAUCGUGUUGGAGUUGAUGGAAGAACUUAUAGCAUGCCUAAAGCAUCUGAGGUUGCAGCAUUAAUACCAGGCGAUUUCAGGAAAGAGAUGCCAUCCAGAGAUAUAGUUAUAGAAGAAAAAAGUUCUGGGCGCCUACAGAGAAUCAGUGAAAUUCAUAUAUCCUACUUGGCUCUACAGUAUCCGUUGAUAUUCUGUUAUGGUGAAGAUGAGUGGAGGCCUGGUAUAGAAAAAGCUUUCAUAGGAAUAAACAACCAGAACAAGAAUAAAUCUAUAAGCAUGCGACAAUGGUUUGCCUUCCGCAUUCAGGAAAAGGAAAACGAUUGUCAAACACUCAUACGUUCUAAGCGAUUGUUUCAACAGUUUCUCUGUGAUGCUUACACAACUAUUGAGACAAAUCGGUUAUCUUAUAUAAAGUAUAACGUGUCGAAGAAACGUUGUGAGAAUUACACCACCAUCAAAAAUGCGAUGGAAACUGGAAACACUAAUAUGAGUGAGCAGGGCAAUCAAAUUCUCAUCCCAUCAUCAUUCACAGGAGGUUCACGUUACAUGGUGCAAAGUUAUUAUGAUGCUAUGGCCAUAUGUAAACACUACGGUUUCCCAGAUUUGUUUAUUACCUUCACGUGUAAUCCAAAGUGGCCAGAGAUAACUAGGUAUGUCCAGAAAAGAGGGUUGACAGCAGAGGAUAGACCAGACAUAGUUGCUAGAAUUUUCAAAAUCAAGCUGGAGUCGCUAUUGAAAGAUUUGACCGAAAAGCGAUUGUUGGGAAAAACAAAGGCUGCUAUGUAUACUAUAGAAUUUCAGAAAAGAGGACUUCCACAUGUUCAUAUUCUUUUAUGGAUGGAUGCAAAAACAAACACAAAUUCACCAUGUAUGAAAGACGGGCGGUGUUCUAAACUAUUCCCAAAAAAAUACGAAGAUAUAACCAAGGUUGGAAGUGAUGGUUAUCCUAUUUAUAGGAGGCGUCGUUCAGAACAUUUUGUAGAGAAGGGUGGCAUCAAAUGUGACAACCGGUAUGUGGUACCUUACAAUGCUAAAUUAUCUCUUCGUUAUAGAGCUCACAUAAACGUGGAGUGGUGCAAUCAAAGCAGUUCAAUCAAGUAUCUUUUUAAGUACAUCAAUAAGGAUCCAGACGGUGUCGCUGUCAUUGUGGAGCCGGCUAACAAAACCACUAACGAAGAUACUGAUAUUGGUGGACCAACGGGUCAAACUGAAAAGAAUAAAAACGAAAUCAAAGAUUUCUUUGACUGCAGAUACGUCUCGGCAUCAGAAGCUAUAUGGAGGAUAUUUAAGUUCUCCAUCCAGUACAGAUCAACCCCUGUCCAGAAGUUAUCGUUUCAUGUAGAAGGAAAGCAACCAGCAUAUUAUGAUGAAGAUGAAGAAAUAGAGGAUGUUUUAGACCGUGUGACUAAUCAAGAUUCUCAAUUCAUGGCUUGGAUGACUUUGUGUAGGAAUAAUGCAAUUGGAAAAAAUGGAAAACCUGCUAGAGAACUCACCUAUGUGGAAAUUCCCGGAUACUUCACUUGGGAUGGGACGAAUAGGCAAUUCUCUAAAAGGAGUCGUGGAUUUUCAUUGGGUCGGAUUCAUUAUGUGCCCAGAAAACUAGAAGACGAGUAUUUUUUGAGAGAAUUUUUUGCAAUGCUGAUUCUUUUGGACUCUCUAUCAAGACCAGAACAUGUCUGGGAAGAAACAUGGAAGCUUCUAUCAGAAGAUAUUGAAAACAAGAAGAAAGAGGAAUAUAACAAUCCAGAUCUUACUUUAACUGAAGCAGAAUUAAAGAACUAUGCAUUGCAAGAGAUAGAAAAGAUAAUGCUAUCUAAUUGA